AUGUUCCGUCAACCUGCCUUGGGCCUUAUAACGAGGAGAGCGUUCGCAACCUCUCCUAUUGCUAGAACCAAUAUUGGAAAGUUGCCCAUUAAACUCAACGAUUCCGUUCAAUGUUUUGUGGAAGAAAUUCCGUACGAAUUCAGCAAAACCUUCUCCAAGGGUAAGGAAACCUACAGAUUAGAUCGUCAAAUCAUCAUCAAGGGACCUAAAGGUGUGUUGAAAACUGCGGUUCCAAAAUUCGUCCAGAUCAGCAAUGUCGACAACACUAUCACUGUCAGUGUGGACGAGCCAGAGAACAAGAUACAGAGAUCCAUGUGGGGAACAACUAGAGCUUUGCUUCAAAACAACUUCAUCGGUGCAUCUGAAGGCCAUUUGGCCAUUGUGAAGUUCGUCGGUACUGGUUACAGAGCCACGAUCGAAGAAGCUCCCAACGGUAAGAAGGUUGUUGCGCUCAAGAUCGGGUACCCAUACACCCCAAAAUUACCCGUUCCAGAAGGUUUGACCAUCAGCUCGCCAAGUCCAACCAGAUUGUUGAUUGAAGGUGCCGACAAGCAGCAGGUCAAGUUGUUUGCUGCGGUCAUCAGAAAGUACAAGAAGCCAGAGCCAUAUAAGGGUAAGGGUAUUUUUGUGGAUGACGAGACCAUCAAGUUGAAGGAGAAGAAGAUUAAGUAA